AUGCGCGAGCAGAGGCACAGCCGGGUGUGGAGUGAGACACCGUCCUCACAGCCGGCACAGCAGGCCGGGUCCUCCUGCCUCCGCUCCUGCCCGCCCUGCUCGCCUGGCCCCGGGCGGGCAGGGCCAGCUCUGCUCUUACACGCACGCCCGGGCUCGACCCGGCUGGCGCCGACACAGGGGCCUGCGUCUCUAACGGGCUCCCCGGCGGGGCACACGGGGCACCCAGGGCCCGAGACGGCGAAAGUGCAGUGUCCUCCUCUCCUCACAGGUCCUCUGACGGCCCCGAGGCCAGGAGCCCAGCACGAGCCUCGCGGGCGAAGCACAGGACUCUCCGGGCUGCUCCCCGGGGCCGGAAGGGGCGGGCCCUCGCGCUUCCGGCUUCCGGAAGCACCGCGCCGCCGGUUCUCCGCUGCCCCGCCCGCGUCAGACGACUCUCUGCCCCUCCUCGAGGGGGCGUCGCCCUCUGACCCCGCCCGGAGAGCCCCGGCCUCUCAGGACGCGCGGGCACCCUCAGGACCACCUCCCGACCCCAAGGCCCGUAGCCGUCACCCCGGCCUGGCUCGGCUGUGGGCGCCUGCGGGCCGUCUUCCUGCCCCCUGCCCGGCCUGCCGCCCCGCUGGGGACCGUGCUUCCCGCGGGAGUUGGCGGCUGCGCCACCACCGCCGUGUCCCCGGGCGCCACGUCCCGCCCCGGCAUCCCCGGGGGAGCUCUGGGUUUCGUCUGUCUCACCCAGAGCCUGGCACGUGCGGAGGCUUCCUGGAAACCAAAUCGUUCAUUCAACAGAAAGGACUGAUUUCCGUGCUCCCUCAGGAUGAAACUCUGCGUGGGCUGUCGGGUCAGGCGGGGCUCCCCCCGGCCCAGGCAUCUCCACAGCCUCGCCUGCUGCCCCUGCGACGCCCCAGACACCCCGGGCCAGGAGGCCCGGGCUGAGCGUCCAAGCUCAGUCACUCGCUCUGGUCCCUCUCCAUGUCCAGACGCGCCUGUGACCUGGAGACACGACGCCUCGCCAGGGCGCCAGCCAGGCUCCAGAAGGAAGAGGCCCCCACGUCCCAGGUGGCUCAGCUGAACCGACAGCAGCCUCUGUGUGGCUCGGACCCAGAAAGCUGCCACGUGCCGGCGGACGCACAGCCACGCCCGUGUGCCCACGGAGAAGGGGGCGCAGGCUGACUGCGCCGGGCGCUUACAGGCACUGGAGCCAAAUUAGGACUUAUCAGCACGUUCAUUAUCUAAAAAUAAACCAGCUUUUCUUUGCUUCAUCAAAA